AGUGGAACACCGAAAUCGCAUUAUUAGUACUCGGCCUCGGGCUGUCUGCAGCCUCUCACUCUCCAUUCUCGCUGUGCAGGCGUGCAGCGCGUUUUCCUCGAUUGCAGACGUACGCGCUUCGCUUGGAAUGGCCAGCGUCGCCGUCGGGAAGAAGCGCCGUGUGCCGGCGUUGGGGUGGUGGCUGAUGGUGGUCGGCACCGUCCGCCUCGCCUUCACCUGGUCCUGCUUCUUCGGCUCCGCGGCGCUCUGCUCCGCAACCUACUCCCAGGCACAGGUGAGCGACGUUCAUGGGCGCACGGUCGGGGUGUGGACGCUGCUGUCGUGCACGCUCUGCUUCCUGUGCGCUUUCAACCUCGACAACAAGCCGCUCUGCUUGGCGACCUUCCUGUCCUUCGUCUAUGCCUACGGCUAUUUCGUCGUCGAAUACCUGGUAUACCACAGCGUCGGUGCAUCAACUCUCGCCGCGCUCGGCUUCUUCGCAGAUUCAGAUACAUUAUGGCUGGGAACACAUCCAGUACCACCGAUCCUUACGGUGCUACCAUCGGGACCUGUACAUGUAAAAUCCAUCCAAACAUAUGAAUGGAUAGAACAUUGCAUUCACAAGAUUAUCGAUUGAAUAAAUAGCUGUGCAAGGAGAAACAAAAAAAAAUCAUUCAGCUUUGCACAAAUUUUGUCCAACCUCGAAUUUUAAAUGAUGAUAAAACCAUGCAUUUUAUCCAUGCAUAUUUUUAUAUGAAUUUUUCAUGUGUUAGCUAUAACGUGGGUGAAUUGAUGUUUGGCAAUAAGCACUUACUAGUUUCCAUAUAUGAUCG